AUGAGGGUUCCUAGAUUGACUUCGAUACUUGGGUUUUGUGUUUGCUUAUUACUCUCGGUAACGGUGCAAGCACACUCAACGCGGUCUCUCGCAUCCUACAAUACAACCACUCUUCAUAAUGUCGCCAUCCACGCGCCGUCACACAAAGUCAAACCCUCCACCGAAUUUAACAUUACAUUCACACUAGACGACGAAGGAGAGAGACCUGUCAAGCUAGUACUAACACCAAACCGCGACCUUUUCGCCCAGGAACCUCAUGUGCAGUUCAUCGGUGGGAAUGGAGCCAGACGGACAGAGACCAUGAAACGCAGCAGACACUGCGUCUUCCGGGGCACCGUAUUCCUUCAAUCAGCAGCCUUCCAGUGGAUAAAGGUUGGAUGGGCUAGGAUAACUGUUGUUCGCGAUGGAGUCGACCCUCUCUUCGACGGCGCAUUCAGUAUCUCGGGCGUGCAAUAUGAUAUCAAACUUGAAUCUGACAGCCCUAAGCAAAAUGGCACACGAGAACAACAAAUGGUUGUGCAACGUGGUUACCAGGACCAAGUAUUAGAAACAACUGCUCAACCACCCUGGUCCGGAUCCUUGGAUAUGUUCAAGCGACAAUAUACUCUCACCAGCGACGACUUUGUCAACUCCAUCGGCAACACAGACGGAUGUCCCAGCGAGCGCGAGAUUGCACUUAUUGGCAUUGCCACGGACUGCUCGUACACCGCCGACUUCGACUCGUCCGAGGACCUCGUCCAGGCCCUUGUAACGAUGGUGAAUACCGCGUCCGAGGUCUUCGAGUCGGCAUUCAACAUCGCGCUCAGCUUCCACAACCUCACCAUCCAGGAUGAGGAGUGUCCGAGCAGUCCGACCAGUGAGGAGCCUUGGAACGCGAACUGCGCCGCUGGGGAUUUAAACUUCCGGCUGCGCGCGUUCUCAGAGUGGAGGGCGACAUUGAGGAACGACGAGAAUGCAUACUGGACGCUGAUGACGGGGUGUCCGACUGCGUCGGAGGUUGGGGUGUCGUGGGUUGGGCAGCUGUGUGACAGCGAACGGAGCACGAAUAUUGUUGCGAGGACAUCGAAUCAGUGGCAGGUGUUUGCCCAUGAAUCUGCGCAUACGUUUGGCGCAUACCACGACUGUGACAGAAACACCUGCGCCAGCGGUCGCCAAUGCUGUCCAUUAUCUGGCUCGACGUGUAAUGCCGGUGCCGAGUAUCUCAUGAACCCUGUAUCAACGUCCCCGCAAUCCGAGUUCUCGCCGUGCACUAUUGGGAAUGUAUGCACGGCCAUGGGCGCGCGGGUAGUGAACACACGCUGUCUCACGACAAACACGAAUACACCAACCAUUUCAGCCGGCGAAUGCGGCAAUGGAAUUGUUGAAGUCGGAGAAGAGUGCGACUGCGGCGACGAAUGCGAUGGAAAUCCCUGCUGUGAUGGCUCGACUUGUAGAUUGAUCGGGGAUGCGGUCUGCGAUGACUCUUCAGACUCCUGCUGUUCUGAGUGCCAGUUUGCGUCGUCGGGAACGGUUUGUCGCGCUGCUAUUAGUGAGUGUGAUAUCGAGGAAACCUGCUCUGGGAAUUCUCGCGAGUGUCCGGAGGAUGAGCACGAAGAGGAUGGAGGGUCCUGUGGGACUGGUGAUGGCCUCUUCUGCUCCAGUGGGCAGUGCACGAAUCGCGACUUGCAGUGUCAGGAGCAACUUGUUGGUGAUAACUCUACUAUAUCGUCGUGCGGGAACAGUACGUGUAUUCUGGAGUGUUCCUCGUCCUGGGGACAGGCUGGAUCUUGUUCAAACGUUGGGAAUGUCCUGGAUGGCACACCCUGCGAUGACGGUCUAUGUCGCGGUGGACAGUGCAGGAGUAGAGACGGGGACAGUGGGCGGUCAUGGGUGGACAGACAUCGCUCUCUGGUGAUCGGUCUUUCGGCUGGAAUAGGAGGUGCUUUGGUUCUUGCUGGUCUGUUUUGUAUGAUCUGCUGCUGUUGUCGACGACGCCCGAAGAAGGCUCCUCCUCCUGUGUCUCAAGCGCCAUUGCCACAGCGUCUUCCUGCUGGUGCAUACGUGCCUCCGCCUGCAUACUCGCCUCGCACUCCUAUGCCUUCAUAUCGGUAUGCUUGA